AUGCAGUGUCAUUACGCAAGCGCUAAAUUUUGCGCGAAAUUUCAAAAUGGCGCCUUCCAGGAAACAGGUUUCUUCUGAACAGUUAUCCUCUUGAUUAUGACUCAGUCGAUUGUUGUUCAAGGUAAUUUAUUGAUACAUUUUAAAGACAAAUGGCUCAAUAUAGCUAUACAUAAUACAUUUUUAAUCAUUCAUUUUCUUUCUUUGUGAUCUCCGUUUUACAGUGGGACAAUGCGGAAACCAAGUAAGCUGAAUUAUAAUCUAAGCUUGACUUAAUUUGUCAAUUUUGAGCGCGUUAUUUAACAAUUAAUGAAUGAGGCUGAGUAUCUUAUGAAGAAUUAUGGAGAUCGAGGAGGGUGUACGGCCUCGACGGAGAACACUCUCCUCGAUCUCCAUAAUUCUUCACAUGAUACGUAAGCCGAAUUCAAUAAUUGUUUUAUUAUUCAUUCAAAAUAAUUCCUAGUUUAAAAACAUGGCUAAAACAUGCUUACCUCCAUCGAUCCAUCAAUGUUAAGAUCAUCUUUGAUAGUGCACGUUUAGGUUUGUCCAGCUCCGCAAAUAUUCUCCAAAUAGCAGAUGUCGGCCUUCAAGUUGUCUUGUUGCUGUUCUUGCCAUGUUUUUAGCUAUUUUUUUGCCUAGUUCUUACUCUUGAAAUGAGUGAAAUGACCGCCAUUUUUGUUUCCACAACCAAAACAACUCAACCUCGUCCCCAGGUCUUCUCGAUUAACGGUGCCUUAACCUGCGAAAACGCUGCAUUUUUGACGUCAUUUCCUCGUUAAUCACAAAAUUCUUCCAAAUAUGGUCAUCAGUAACUGGUUAUGGUGAAUUAUGCGUUUGCUUUUAGCCGAUCAGAAUCGGGGAAAUAUUUUGAAUGAAUAAUAAUAGUUGUGAUGCUGAGAUUGCUCAAUACAAUUUCGAAAAGAAGGCAGGAAAAAAAGUAAGAACGUAAAUGUUGUCUUUUGAAACGUUAGUUAAUUCAAACAGCACCGCCAAACAAUCGCUGGAGCACCCCUGGGCAUUUGACUGAAAAAGUUUGGACAAGCUCCCUCUUUUGGCAGUUAAGAUGGCCAAGUAGUAUUAAGAAAUCGCGUGAAGAGAGACCAGAUGCAUGAAGAGAAGGACAAUCAUACCAUCUGUUUAAGAUGACAGAAUAAAAUAUUGACUGAAAAGAUCACUUUACUAAUAAAAUAAAUAAAAUUCCAAAUAGUUUAUUACCAUAACUAAGCGAUUUCUCGCACGCCGAUUGUUCAAGAGGUAUGUUCGAUAAGAGUACAGACCCUAAAAUGAUGUGAUGGUGGAGUAAUUCUUGGUGUGCAACCACAUGACAAGGCGGCCAUGUUGGGGGUCAGAAGAACAGAAUUUUUUCUCGAAGAAUUUACAUGAAAAUAGAGUUUAGUUCCCAGAAGACAGAAAUGCUUUUGUUCUUGACCACCAAUUAACAUGGCUGACCUGACGUCAUGUGCAAACCAGCAAUUUUUCUCUUUCUCGCAUGAGCAAUUCUCCGAGAAACUUCAAUGGAAAUGGAUGUCAAAACUUUCGAUGUUAUUGUAGAAAACAAAUCAACGACAACUUUCCAUGGUCUGUGCUCUUUUUGAACAUAGAAAUGACCAUGCAGUGAAACCAUUUGCCUGCGGCUUGUGGUUCCACUUGAAUUUUGAACAUUUUGAUGUCAUCUCUAUGGCUGAUAAGAGUAAAGACCAGGGGUUUCAAUAGUAGCCGGGUAGCGGGUAGAUCUACCCGCUUGCAACGAGCUGAUUACCCGCUUGGAGCCUUCACAUGAAUGUCAACUAAGACCAGAUAAUUUCAUCUCAGCUUCGAAUUCUUGCCCAAAAAUUUGGCAAAACAGGUUUUGACUAUGAAUACUUCAUUGUAACAUAAUUCUCUUCAAAUUUGUUUAAAUUAGUUGACUUAGGAGCAAAAAAAUGUAAAAACAAAGCAACAAAAAAAGACCUGAAAAUGCAUCUGCGAGAGUCUAGAACUUCAAAAUUUUCCGGGGGAGCAUGCCCCUGGACCCCCCUAGGGUCGAAGGCCCUUGGGGCCUUCGGCAAAUAUACCCGCCUGUUACUCUUAAGUACCCACUUAUGCAAAAACUUAUUGAAACCCCUGAAAGACCAUGGAGAAUUGUUGUCCAUUAAGUUUUUGUUACUUGUUUUAAAUUGAGACUGAAUUUUACCUGUGAGACAUAUGGAGUUGAUUGUGUCAAUUACCUGGGUAAAAUCUGUUCUCAGGAUCAAGCUAGGUUAACAGGAUGAGAACCCUCAUGUAAACCUUACCCCAGUUGGUGGAUACUGGUUUGACUUGAGAACAGAUUUUAUGUACAAUAUGCCAAGGGGCAAGAGAUGGGUAUUUAAACAGAUAAGAUUUGUUGAUCUCUCAUUAUUUUGUACCUCAAACAGAUUGGAUGUAGAUUUUGGGACUUGGCUUUAAGAGAGCAUGCAAGCACUAACAAGGUGACACAGCAACAAGCAUAUUAUUGUAAUCAGUAUAAUGCAAAUCUACAUCAGAGUUGCAAGGGAUGGGAGUCCUUCACUGAUUCAAACACACUGUCUGUUUGCAGAAUAAUUUUGUAUUUUAUGGGACUGCAACAGAUUGUGAAUGACUAAUCUAUGGAUUAGUUUCAAGACUUGAGUACUGAAAACAACAACAACAACAAAAACAGCAGCGACAACAAAAACAGGCAGUUUCAUACCCUUUGCAGUGACAUUUUGCUGUAUAGCUUGGGGUAGAUAUGUUAAAUCAUUAUCAUAUUCUGCUACAACUGAUUCUGACAAGCGACGUGGCCUUAAAACAGCGACAUAGGACAGCAGAACAAACGACACAAAGAUGGGUUGAAACUGUGACAACGACAGAGAAAAGUGCAGUACAAGUACUGUAAAAUAUCGACAUGGCCUCCACCUCAAUAUGCGAAAUGACAGGUUUUGAAAUUCAGACUAGGGACAUACAUGUACAUAACCCCUUAGAGGGCCUCUUUAGUUAAUAUGUCAUUCUUUUACUUACCUAUCAUUUUCAGUCAAACCACUUUUGAAGCACAUGAUGCAAAUCCAGAGAAGUAUAUAAUUUCCUUAGAAAGUAUUAUGCUUAUGAUAAUAUGUAUGAUGUAAAAUUUGUGUCUCCAGCAUGGCUUAUUUGAUGAAUCCCUCAGCAGUUUCUUCCGCAAUGUUGAUACCAGGUAAAAAAAGCAUUCAGAUUCCUAUGUCUAAUAUUGUAGAACAUUGUCAUUGUUUUUUUGUCUUCUUCUAUUUAAUCAAUGCUCUAGUCCACAUUACAUUUACUUUGCUUGCUACUUUUAUUUGCUCUUUCAAGAUACAAAAACCCAGUUGACAUUCCUGUAGGAAACUCUAGACAAAAGAUUAAGUCUUUAAAGGCUAGGGUAUGUAUUUCAAAAAUUAACUGAUUGCUGGAGUAAAAGCUAGUCAGAAUUUUUUAGCAUUAUUUUUAGGUGAGUUCAUUAUGUUUUUAACCCUUUUUGUUAUUGCUCAUUUCCACAGGCUGUCAUGAUAGACAUGGAGGAAGGUGUUGUUAAUGAAAUUCUUAAAGGUCCUCUGCGUGAUGUAUUUGACUGCCAACAGUUAAUUACCGAUGUAUCAGGAUCAGGAAAUAACUGGUACAUAUACUGCCCAAUGUUUGUACAUGCAUGCUUAUGACCUGCUGGUAUUAAUAAAUGUUUUGACAGUCAACAAGGCUGUUAUUAAAGAUUUCAAGGUGCUGGGUAUAUGCAUUUUGUAGGAUUAUCCUGUCAGUAAGGCCAACAAUCAUAUGGUCUCAAGUGUGUUUAAGUAGAGUUUGGGUUACUUUGACAGGGCAACAGGAUUCAUGAUGUAUGGACAACAGUACAGGGAACAGAUUAGUGAGGUGAUCAGACAUGCUGCUGAACUGUGUGACUGUCUUCAGUGUUUCUUCCUCAUUCACUCCAUGGGUGGAGGUCAGUAUUUUUGUUUGUUGCAAAGAUGUGGAAAUGCAGUGUCACUUGUUACUUUAUAAUGAAGAUGUCCACUUAUUUUAGAUACUGUAAAAUUAAUUAUCUUAUUUACACCCCCUAUCAAAAAAAAGCCUCUUGUCUAAUAGAUGCCCCCUUGCAAUCUUAAGUUUGUAUUAUAUGCCCCUGUCUAAUAGAUGCCCCCCCCCACCCCUCAUGACAAUUACCUAAUACAAUGUACCUCAGGGCCUGGCCCUGCCCUGCCCCAUCCCUGGGCUCUGAAUGACCUAGAUCAUGCUGCCAUAAAUUUCUCUGACAUGUAUUAUGAGUUUGUGACUGUUAAAUUUAGCUAUUCUUUUUCCAAUGGGAAAGUAUCAAAUAGGUAAUAUUAAUUUUACCAAAACAUGCAUUGAUUCUUUUUUUUCAUUUUGUAGGUACUGGUUCUGGUUUGGGUACAUCAGUGUUAAACUUACUAGCUGAAGAAUACCCUGAUGUGUAUCGCUUCACCACUGCUGUGUAUCCAUCAGCUGAUGAUGAUGUCAUUACAUCUCCCUAUAACAGGUGUGCACUCCAAACUGUGUUCCAUUAUUCCAUGUUGGCCACCAUACCAUCCAUGUUUGUGUUGUCAUGUGUUGUCAUCAUGUUUCCACAUUGAGAACGUAGACAUCAGGAGUAUCAACUGACUUUUACUGAAUAUAUCACCUAGUUUUAUACGGUCAAUAAAAGGCGGGUUUUAAUCAAGUCUAACAUACUCGGCAAAAUUCGACUAUAUUAUACAAACGACAGCAUUGAUUUCCUGUGCAGUUUUCAGCUAAUAAAAAGAUAAGCUAUGGCUAAAGCACUGAAAGCUUUGUGGUUAUACAUGUUGGUUAAGUAAGUUAUGAUAGUCAUGAUGUUGGAGCAUGUAUUCUAACAAUCCCACAUUUCUUUGUCUCAGGCCUUUUAGGGAUGUUGUGUCUAUAUAACAGUUAGCAUAGAAGAUUCAGUAACCAAAUUUACUUGAAAGUCAGAGUGGCUGCCUUACGACAAUUUAAUAAUUGAGUGCAGCUAUUUGCAGCGAAAAAAGUACUAAUAAUAUUAUAUUAACAAAGGCAGCCUACAAAAAUAAAAAAAAUGAUCAAGUGCUACAUCUUGUAGACAAAAAUGUGGCCCAAAGUGCAUAUUAUUUUAUUGUUCAGAAGUUUAUCAUGAUAUUGUUGAUAGUAACUCAUCUGUCUGAUAUGGUCAGAAAAAUAAGUUAGUGUUGUUUGCUGUGAUUGUUUAAAUAGUAAGUACCACUGGGCAGCAAGAAGUGAAAAGAUAUAAGAAUCUCCAAGACUGUGUACAAGCUCUCUGAAGACUGGACAACAGCUGGGCCUUCUCCUAGUGCCCCCCCCCGCUCGUCCCACUUCCCCACCCCACUGAGAGCUUGUUUGCAGGCUAAUAAGCUCCACAGCACUUUUCACGUAAAGUGCUGCACUUUCUCCUCAAGAAGGAAGGUCACAGGAUUGUCAUUAUAAAGAAAGGUUCUGAACAGUCAAGCUAAACAGUGGAAAGAAAAGCAAGAACUAACGUGCAUGCAAUGUAUCUUAAAUCUUUUUCAGUGUCCUUGCUAUGCAUCAACUGACAGAACAUGCUGACUGUGUUCUUCCAAUAGAAAAUCAGGUACAGGCAAUAAAAAAUGCCUUUCUUACAAAUAAAAUAUUUUUAAAUUUAUUUUUCACACAGGGCGCUUUCCAUUUAGUCAAAAUUUCCGGAAUUUCCGGUUCGGCGGUAAAUGGAACAUGUUUCGUCGGUUCGUCUCACUGGAAAAUUCCCAGAAAAAGUGGAAAAUCUAAAAAGGUGGUCCCGUUUUCCCGGUGGGAAUUUCCGAACGGAAUGUCGUGUUCCAUUUACGUUUCUCGUAGUUUGUACCAGUUCCAGGUCCACGGUCGGGCACCGCGCCACGUACCGAGGUUUACGACCAAAUGGAACAACUUUUUACCGAUCGGAAAUUCCACUUUUGCUACCACCGAAAUUUCCGGGUUUUUUUCGUAAAUGGAAAGCGCCCACACAGUCAAAGCUGUCACAAGAAACCCUCGCAGAAAUUCGAAAAAGUGGUCAUAACCACAACUGGUCGCUUAUCAGAAUGAGCCCUCAUAAGCAACUCUAUACAGGAGCAGUCAUUUACGAGAACUUUUCAUUACAAUGCUUAAGUCAUAGUUCAAACAGGUUUGACAAUGGUGGUUUUAACGAGAGCUGGUCGCUUAUGAGAGUGGUCGCAAGGAGAGUUUUGACCUUGACAUUGUAUUACGUUAGUGUUGGCAUUCUGUGCCACAGGGGACAAGGGGCUCCAAAUAGCUUCGGAGAAAUUAUCUUUGAGAAACUUGAAACUUUACAAAGUAUGUAUGAGCUCAGGGUUGUCACUAAGAUUUCAAGUUGCCGGGUAAACACAACAAGUAGGCGGGGAAAUCAAACAGCUAGGGAUUUCUUUUGGUCUAUUUUUCUUCUAUUUUCCAAUAAAAGUAGCCGGUGGCCACUCUCUUAGUAGCCGGGGAAAAUCCCCGGCCCCCGGCUCUUAAUGACAACCCUGUGAGCUAAUUAACGUUUUUACUACCCAGCAAUUUCACAGUUUUCGGUGGUUGCUAUUUCCUUUGUUAUUCCUUGUAAAGAGCUGAAAUUUGCACAAAUUAACCAACUCUUUCAACUUUUGAAUUUUUAUUUGUGGUGAUGGUGACGGUGAUGCCUUCUAGGGGUUAACCCAAUGCUAAUCAGCAAAAAUGUAAACAAUGAUGUAGGCAAAGAUUUGCCCAUAACUGAAGCUACAGAGAUGAUCCAGAUGAUUAACCCAGGCUUAAAACAGAGUUUGUUGUCCUGCGUAAGGAAGACGUUCCUCUCUGUCAUAUAUAACCCAUUCACACCAGAAACAUUUUUGCAGAUCCAUAUUUCUUGUACACUUGUAAUAGAGACCUUACGAUCUGACAAGGGAAACACCCAUGAAAUUGUUGUUGAAAGAUAGGCUUCACAUCCUCUCAAAAUUUUUUGCAAUAAUUGCCAGGUCUCCCAGUUAUUUAAAUAAAAGGGAAUUUCUUUCGGAGCUGAAGAGAGGGGACUGUGCAAGAGUUCAGACAGGGAUGGUAGAAUUUAUUGCCUUGCUGUUCCCAUUCUCAAGUAAACUUAAAACUUGACUCUUUCACGUUGUAGUUGUUCAGGGAUGGCAAAGAAAUGUACAAAAAAGCGUGAUGCUAUUGCAGAGCAGUUGUUUUGCUCAUUAAGCCAUUGCCAUUUUGACGUUCCUGUGGCUGUUGCCGUCAUAGUUUUAUAAGGUCCCUGUUGUCCCAAAGUUUGUAAAAUGUAUGCCCAACAUGCCCGAUUUCUGGCUAAAAUUGUCGCAUUUGUUUGAAGUGGCAUUUCUGGCCAACCACCCAUGGGGGUUGCAUUGAAUGAGAUAAGAGCAGUAAUUUUGUCCCCAAGUUCCUAGUGGUAAAUGGUCAAGCAGCACAACCACGCCCAGACUUGGGGUCAAGUACAGUAAAAACCCAUGACUAAGAACCUGCUUUUUCCCAAGUAAGACUAAACAGGUUUUUACAUAAAUGGUAACCAGCACCAAUUUAGGCUGUUAAUUUUAGGUUCAUAAAUACAUUCUUAGGUUCAGUAGUCACUUAUUGAAUAGAUGUUCAUACUAUACUGGAUAUGGCUUUUUGUACUUGCAUGAGAGGGUAUCCAGUUAGUAUGAACACAGCCUUAGUUAUUAGUAUGAUCAUUAAUCAGGCUUUUUUGAUUAUGUUGUUUUCAGGCCUUAGUGGACAUCUGCAACAAAGUUUCCAGUGCUCUUCCACCUUCCAAGACUGGGAAAAAGGUAUUUCCUUCAUCAAGCAGCCAACGUGUCAAACCCAACAGUGCCGUUACAUCAGGUGAAGGUGGUGUUGGCAAAGGACCAGAAAAGCCUUUUGACAACAUGAACAACAUAGCUGCCAAUCUUAUUUUGAACAUGACAAGUUCUGCACGAUUUGAAGGCUCUUUGAAUGUGGAUUUGAAUGAAAUCACCAUGAAUUUAGUGCCGUUUCCAAAGAUCCAUUAUCUUGUUUCUAGCCUUACACCACUCUAUUCUCUCACAGACGUUCGUCUCCCUCCCAGGAGACUUGAUCAAAUGUUCUCGGAUGCUUUUUCCAAAGAUCAUCAACUCAUCAAAGCUGACCCUAAACACAGCUUGUACUUGGCAUGUGCUUUGAUGUUGAGAGGCAACGUAGAAAUUUCUGACAUUCGAAGGAACAUUGAACGACUGAAACCUUCAUUACACUUUAUUCACUGGAAUCAAGAAGGCUGGAAAACAGGUUUAUGCUCUGUGGCACCUGUAGGUAACCCUUACUCCCUUUUAGCACUUGCAAACAACACAUGCAUCAGACACACAUUUCAGGAUCUUAAAGACCGUUUUAUGAAGCUGUACAAGCGUAAAGCUCAUGUGCAUCAUUACACCCAUGUUGAUGGCUUGGAGGUGGCACAGUUUGAUAGCAGUUUAGAGUCACUGAACUCUCUAAUUAGUGAAUAUACCACUCUGGAAGCUCACAUGGGAAGAACUGUAGAUGAUAUUCAAAGACUGACAAUUGCUUGAG